GUGGGUGAGAAACAGGAAAACCAGUACGGAAUACAAAAACAAAAACACACUUCUCUCAAACGGAGAGAUCAAGUUUUUGAAGAUUAAAACAGUAGAACCAGGAUGAACAUGGACCCUUUUGCAAGGCUGCCGGAGGAAUGCAUUUCCACCAUUCUGUCACUCACAUCGCCCAUGGACGCGACAAGAUUCUCGAUAGUCUCACACAGGUUCAAAUCCGCCUCUGAUUCAGACAACGUUUGGGAAAGAUUUUUGCCCCCGGAUUAUCAACAAAUCAUCUCAACAUCAGCUUCUCCAGUGUCGUAUGCCACCAAGAAAGACCUAUAUUUUACUCUCUGUCAUUCCUAUAUUCUCCUCCAUGAAGGCAAUACUAGCGUUUCUCUUGAUAAACGGAAUGGAAAGAAGUGUUAUAUGCUAGGAGCUCGAGAACUUUUACUAUCAUGGGGAGGAUGCUGGAGCUGGACAUCCCACCCGCAAUCCAGAUUCUCCGAGGUGGCCAAGCUUAAGUGUCCCGGUUGGAUCCAUGUUCGGGGGAAGAUGAAAACUCACAUGCUGUCAUCAAACACUGCUUAUGCAGCAUAUUUGGUAUUCCACCUAGCAGAAAGAUUGAAUGGGCUUCAAUCAUCAAGAACUGUGAUUAGAUUCGUCGAUCCUCAUAUGGAAAACAGUAUGAUUAAAACUGUAGAGGGCACAGAGAAACUUGAAUCCGAAGGAACUGGGAAAAUUGCACAAAUGAGAGGUGAUGGCUGGAUGGAAAUAGAAAUGGGAAACUUUUACAGUAGAGAAGAAGAUAAUAGAGAAGUGGAGGCAUGGUUGAUAGAUAUUAAUAACCCUGGUGGAAAGUCUGGCCUCAUCAUCGAAGGUAUCGAGUUUAGACCAGUUUGAGGAGGAAAAGUGUAGAUAAGAAUAUUUGUCGAAACUUUAAAUAAAUAUUUCUGAUAAUCUACCGAAUGGCAUUGUGUUUAUUCUUGGAUUUUAUGUAAAUGAAAGGGCAGUUUCAAUGAAAUUCAUGGAAUUGAAAUUUCAAUCUA